AUGACAUCUGAAUCCGAGCCUCGAACACUUCAUAAAGAAGAGGCCACCCUCCAGGAGGACAAAGUCUCAGUUGUGUUGGAAGGUGGUCGGAUUGCUUGGGCCACUGCUUUUGGAUCGUUCCUUGUACAGUUCUGCGGGUUGGGUUAUACCACUUCAUUUGGGAUCUAUCAAGACUUCUAUACCCAGCAUUACCUCACAAAUGAGACAUCAUCUGCUAUAUCAUGGAUCGGGAGCUUGAAUGCGUUUUUAAUCGAUGCCGUGGGCCUUGUAUCAGGUUCACUAUAUGAUAGAGGAUAUUUUUACCAUCUCAUGAUUUCCGGCUCACUUCUGCAGAGUUUCUCUCUAUUCAUGUUGUCUUUGUCAAAACCCGAUCAGUACUACCAGAUAUUCCUCUCUCAAGGCUUAGGCUUGGGUGUCGCGACGGGGCUUAUGUAUAUCCCAAGCAUGGCUAUCGUCUCGCAUCAUUUCCAAGAGAGACGCACACUAGUUAUGACGUUCGCCGCUUCGGGCUCGUCGCUGGGUGCCAUCAUCCAUCCGAUUAUACUCAAUAACCUCCUGAAAGACCCUGUUGGCUUCGCCAAUGGCGUCCGUGCAAGUGCAGGGUUCGUCAGCGCACUCCUUUUAAUCGCAUGUUUGUGCAUGCGAACUCGCCUUGGUUCGCUGCCGACACCGGUGAACUAUAUUGCGGCAGCUAGAAAAUGUAUUCGUGAUGUACCGUUUACUUUCAUGAUGGCAGGGAGCUUCCUUUUCCAGAUCGGCUUCUUCUACCCGUUAUUCUUCUUUCAACUGGACUCUAUUAAGCAUGGUAACAAUAUUACCUUUUCAUCUUAUUCUCUAGUGAUUCUAAAUGCGUCUAGUUGUAUAGGACGAGUCACAUCAGGGUUUAUUGCGGCGUUCACAGGGGUCCCGAACUUAGCCAUCAUCGCGACAAUUUCGUGCAGCAUGCUCAUCUUGGGCAUGAUUGGGUUGAGUAGUAUGGCCAGCGUCGUUGUUCUUUGCAUACUUUAUGGCUAUUGUUCAGGGCUGUUCAUUGCGAUCGGGGGACCACUGAUGGCUGCUUUAACGCCAGACCUUUCCGAGCUUGGUGCGCGAAUGGGCAUCGCUCUCUUCAGUGUUGGAUUUGGAAGUUUGAUUGGAACCCCCUUAUCUGGCGCUCUGCUGACAUCUAAUUAUACCUGGUGGAAAUCAUCUCUGUUCUCUGGGAUUGUUUCACUGGCUGGUGGCAUGAUGUAUGUCAUCAUGCGAUUUACGUUUGUGAGAAGGCAGAUCGAGGAUAAACGUAUUGGUCAACUUGACAUAUAAUCAUUAAAAAACCAGCCAACUCCCUCUAAGUAAUAUGUGCCUGUAUUUGCU